AUGGAAUCUUCAAAUCACCUUCCAAAUAAAGACAGUGAUACAGUAUCAGUGACACCAGUAGAGUUCAGCAACUAUCAAUGCGAGAUAAACCCUGGAUUUAACGAUUUUUUAAAAAAGUCAGGAUUCGAAGAUUUUGGAUUCAAGUUCAAUGUUGUCACAAUUUUGGGAUCACAAAGUAGCGGGAAAAGCCAUCUUCUCAAUAGCCUUUUCAAUGCUAGUUUCCAGACGAUGGACGCAUCGAAAGGACAUUCUCAAACAACAAAAGGAAUUUGGGGAUCAUUAGUAUUAUCUAAAGAUACUAGCAUGAAUGCUACAGUAGUAUUUGAUUCAGAAGGAACAGAUUCGAGAGAAAGAGGAGAAGGGAGACUAACAUUUGAACAUAGAUCGUCAUUGUUCUGUCUAGCCUUAUCAGAUGUAGUAAUAGUAAAUAUAUGGUAUAAUUCAAUGGGAAACCUUACAGGUUCAAACUAUGGACUUUUAAAGACUGUAGUAGAGGCUAACUUGGAACUAGUUGAUACAAAUAAUGAAGAAAACUAUAAAACGGUUUUGUUUUUCUGUGUUCGGGACUGGUCACCAAGUCUAUCUCCAUUGAAUGUGGUGAAAGACUAUGUGUUAAACAAUUAUAUGAGCAGUAUUUGGAACGAGAUAUCAAAGCCUGCUCGAUUUGAAAAUUUGGGAGUUGAAUCGUUGUUUGAAAUCAGAGUUUUCGGGCUAUCAAAUGCAGUCACACAGUCGGAAUCGUUCGAGAUGGACGUCAAGGAGGUUAAAAAGACAUGGAAUAGCCUUAAACCUAGAGAAUAUUCAAGAAGAGUGCCAUCAGAUGGAUUCUUUGUGUACUCGAAAAAUGUAUGGAAGACAAUCAUAGAACAGAACCACUUGGACAUACCCACGCAGAAGGAGAUGCUUUCAAGUUAUAGAUGUUCAGAAAUAAAAACAAUGAUACUAGAGUCAUUAACGAACGCGUUGCCAGAACUAAAAGAGAAGGAUUUUAGUGAAUAUUUAAUGGGCCUAUUAAAGAAAGUUGAGAAUCAAUAUUUUUCACAGGCAUCUAGAUAUGAUCCAGUAGUAUCAAAGAAAGUAGGGAAGGAAUUAUUAGAACAAGUAUGCCGGAAGUUCCAACCCUUUUUUGAAUCAGCAUUGGGCGAUUAUGUAAAGAAACUAGCAGUUGAAUCAUCAUCUCUACUGGAUAAGGAGUUUUCUGUAAAUUCAAGUGGAAAAGAACUUAAAGUAUCAAAUGCAAGACCAUAUACAGUGUGGCCGAAUUUUAGUAAGAAGUGCGAAGAGUUACAAAAGAAACAGACCGAAAAGUUGAGUCAUCAUUUGAGUUCAUUCAAAGUUACAUUUAAAAGUACAGUGUCAUUUGAAUUUGAGUUUGAGUAUCAGCCUCUGAAAGAUCAUCUGAACCUGUUAGUUUCAUCAGAGUUUGAGGUUUUGAGAUCAAGACAUUUAGAACUUCUGAAGCAGCAGUUAGAUUCCAUGUGCAAUUCAUGUUUUGCACUAGUAAAGAAUAACAUGAUGGAUCGUUCAUUAAAUGAGGAUCAAUUCUGGGAUUACUUUGACGAACUGUUUGACGAAACACAUAAAAACUGCGUAGAUCAACUGACAACAAGUUACGUAGGAUUAGUGAAGGGUGCAACUAGAACCGAAUUUGAGCAAUUGUCACUUGUAUUGCUACUAAAGGCAACCCAGAGUAACUUUGAGGAGUUGCAGAAUAAUCUUGAACAACUACUCUUGGAAAGAUUUGAUAAGUUCUUCAAUUACCAAGAGUUUAAGGGAGAGUUGAUACCAACAGAAUGGCACAAACAAUCAGCCCAGGAGUUGAAUAAUAGAUACAAAGAAUCCAAAGAAGAUGCGUUAACAUUACUCCAAGUUUUAAAAACCACAAAAACUAAGAAGUUACCAUCAUUUGAUGCAAACUAUGUGAAGAAAAACCAAUAUUUCUACUCUACACUGGAGGGGCCAGUUAGUGAUAAGUAUAGUAGCCCACUAACGGAACAAUUUACAAUAGAGCUUACUAACUCAUGCUCCAAAAAGUUUAUGGAAAUGUACAAGAAUGCACAGGUUGUUCAGAAUGCAGGUACAUCAGUAAGUUCAUGGAGGAAUAUACCACCAGUGUUCUGGCUUGUGUUACUGGUUCUGGGAUGGAAUGAAUUAAGAGCCGCAUUUAGAGUUCUUCUAAAGUUCUAUAUACUCAUUCCACUGCUAAUAGUAUCCUAUUUCACAUUCAGCUAUUCAGCAAAUAAGUUACUCGGCCCGAAAGCAAAUGAAUAUGUGAAGCCGGUGAGGGAUAAGGCCCUGAGUCUAUUAACAGCCCUAUUUGCUUGGUUUGUAAGGACGUUACACAUGAUUGCCAGCAAAUCAAGUAGUUUUAAACAACAAACAAAAAACUUGAAAAUGGCUAAAAAGGGAAAUAAGAACAGGGAUUCCGAUGAUGAAUAUGUUGGAAAGACUGUGACUAAGUCAUCUCACAGCAUUUACAAACACAGGGAACCCAUGGACAUCAAUUUGAUCGUCGACCACGACGAAGUUGAGGCUGAAAAGAAUAAUUUGCCGUGCUGGAGGGCCGCUUACGCCUCUGGACCUGCUCGGCCUCAAAGGCACCUCUGUGUAAUAUGUGGAUUCUUCGCAAACUACAAGUGCAGAAACUGUGCAACCAGGCGAAUUGAGGCCAUCAACAGCUACUACUGCAGCUUGCGCUGCCUCGAGGUACAUAACGAGACCAACUGCGGGAAGGCUGUACACUUGGCACAGUGGUGA